AAUAACGCAGGGAGUUUCUACUCGUAAUUCUCUUAGGAACACAAUUAAUCACAUGGCCUUUGUUUCUCAAAUUGAACCAACAACCGUUUUGGAUGCUAUUAAUGAUGAACAUUGGUCUAUGGCAAUGCAAGAGGAGCUUAACCAAUUUAAACACAAUGAUGUUUGGGAAUUGGUGCCUAGACCUAAUGAUCAUUCCGUUAUUGGCACAAAAUGGGUGUUUCGAAAAAUGCCAAGGUGUAAGAACGCUUCCUCGGGUCAAGAAACGGCGGUAGAGGAGAAUGAGAGGCCAUGGCGUCUUGAAGGGAGCAAGUACAUUCACAUUCAAACGGGUCUCGCCUUCAACACCGGGGCUUCCUUCGAGAGGUUCCACAACAUCUUCCUCACGAAGGAGAUCGUCGCUCCCAAGAUCGUGAACAAGGACCUCUUCAAAUCGGCGACCUAUGCCCCGAGAAAGAAGACAAAAGCUUCGAAGAAGAAGGUCACCACCGAGGCUACGAGCUCUGCGCCUCAACCGUUCCUCUACCUGGACGGAUCGUUUCUUGAGUUCGGGUCGGAGGAGGAACUCAACCGGUUCCUCACGCACUUUGCCAAGCGUCCCAUUUCUCCGCCUAGGGUGCUGCCCGAGUUGUACCCUCAACAAAAGGGGUACCACGACCUCGACAAUCAGAUUCAAGCAUCGGGUUUGUGGUCGUUCGUCUCCAGGAGCCGCUCGAGCUUCAAUCCCGCCUUUGUGCGAGCCUUCUACUCCAAUCUCCGCCGUGACGGGGACACUAUUCGCAGCAGCAUCAAUCUCUACGACAUAGAGAUUGAUUUGCCUACCUUUGCUCGAGUCGCAGGGCUGCCCAUCCGCGGUGACAACAUCGCAACCUAUGGUGGCGACGAUUGGAUCCUCAACAACGAGGCGGUCGUCAUUCGUGAGCUUGGGAUCACCAACUUGAUCCGCCACAGCGGCACACCGACGAUUCACUCGGCCCCACCGAACAAGCGCCUCCUCCUCUACAUCAUCACCCGGAUUCUCCGCCCCCGGGACAGCAGCCAUACCUCGCUCUUCAACGAGGACUUGAAGGCGAUUCAUGCCAUCAUCCACGGCGCCUCCAUCAAUUGGGCGAAAUUCGUGAUGAUCCACAUGGCGGAUUGCGCCUCCAUCGCCACUGAGCGGAGCUUGCCAUACGCCUUCCUCGUCAUGGACCUCAUCAUCUCCGCCGACAUCUCCAUCACCGGCCCGGAUACGAAGAUGACAAAGAUUUGGAUAAUUCAAGACAGCACCUUCCGGAAGAAGUCCGGAGACCGAGACGGCGCAGGCCCAAGUCGUGCACCAGCCCCCGCUCCCGCCAAGGCCUCUUUGCAAUCCAUAGCCGAUACUCUGAAUCAGCUAACCCUCACAAUGGAUGGCAUGGGGCAGUCAAUCAAGCGGAUGGACUGGACGCUGCAACGCCAACACCACGACAUGAUGGCGUUCUUUUGCGGCAUCAACUACGUCCCGCCGCCCUUUGACAGCACCUUCCUCGGCCAAAACUAUGAAGGCGAGGACGAGGAGGAUAACUCCUAUGCUCCAUCCUCCUCCCCCGACGAGGCCGACUUUGAAGAUGCGGUCGACGGCGAUCCCAUGGACGUCGAGGACGACGAGGAUGACGACGAGGACGCCGAUGCUUAGACUUUUCUUUUCUCUUCUUACUAUGAUUGUAUUUUUUAUUUUUUCCAUUCCGUUGUAUUCCGCAUUUCCCUUUUUUUUCAUGAAUAAAAGUUUACUUUUACAAUUCUAAAGUUUACUUUUAAUUCUUUUUGUUAAAGUCAAAAGGGGGAAGAUAUUAAGGUUAUGCAUAAAUUAAGGGGGAAUUU